AUGCAAGUGAGUUGCUAGAAUGAGAUAUGCCUCUCCCUGAUAAACGGAUAUCGAAAUAUUGAAAUAGAUAGUAAGUCCAAUGAGAAUAUCCCAUCGAGCCACUAAGACCCCACCGCUUUCGAGAAUGUUGAAUAAAAUCUCAUCUUCUCCACUCAUCAUCAACAGAUUACUUGAAAUCAGUUGCAUCAUAGCUGUUAGUAUGCCCUAUUCCCGGCUCAAAGCGUGGGAAUCGGCCUUAUCAUGGUAGGGUUUGCAGAUUUGAGCAUCGAACUCCAAGAGCUUAUAUUCCAAAAGCUGCGUGAAGUCGACGAGCCAUUACUUCUUACGCUCAAGAACGCCAGUUUAACCUGCAAGGCAUGGCACCAGCUAGCUGCGUCUAUCUUGUUUAGGCGGCUUGUCUUUGAAGCCGACACUUUAUCAGAACCCUACGAAUUAGCUCUAGACCACUUGGAGUUUUUGAACUCCCAUGAACGCCUAUAUCAAUACAUUCGUGAAGUCGUGAUUCGCAUCGGGUUCCCUGAUGUGACGAGUGACUGGGUCUUGGAUCUUCGAAAACUAUUGUCUCGGCUUCAUAAUCUCAAGCAUGUUAGUGUUGGUGGGGAUCAAAAUGCGCAUCCGAAUGCGGGAAUAACUCAUGACCGAACAACUCAUGGCAGCCAAGAAUCCUUACCUAUGAAUGAGUUCAGGAACGCCUUAUUCUACGAUUCAAACUAUAUCGGCCGAAAUGUCACAGUAACCUUACAAAAUUACGUCCACACACUAGACCGUAAGACCCUGGAUAUCUCUAUUCUGGCCUCGUCCAAGUCACAAGAGUCUGCGUCUCGUUCAAAUUUGACUUCCCUGCGCAUUGCAUUCGUUCAUCGACCUUACGAUAAUUAUGGGCCUUGGAAGGGUGCUCGAUCCCCCAUAUCACCAUCUCGUGAGGUAGCUGCUCUACUAGGGCCCCAUAAGAACCUAGAACACUUGUGUUUAGAGCUCCCAGAUUCGGAAUCCAUCGGCUACACCUGUAUUAACUACGAGAAUGAGAGCUGCCGCGCCUUAGAGAAUAUCGCCCCUAUAACACCCCAUCUCAAAUCCCUAGCUCUGCAUGGUGACUUCUUCGUCUCGGACCAAGCCUGGUCCCAAUGGAGUUUAAUACCGUGGUCCCAGCUGGAGUCGUUAAGCCUGGUUAGCACUUCAAUGAUAGAAAUGUUGGCGGAAAGGCUCGCAGACCAAUCUCUCCCAUCUCUUCAAACACUCAAACUAGCCACUUAUAUGUAUAAGCCUAAAUCACCCAAUACACUAGGCCUGCCCCCGGGGAAAAUCCCGUUUACUAUCAGUGUGCCCCAGCUAUCUCUGACCGGGUACCAGUCUGCCGCGCUGAUGGAGUACCUCAGUCGCAGCGCACAGAAUGCCACCAGCUUACGGAAGUUACGCUUCCAUACAAUAGAGCCCGGUGCGGGACCGGGACUCUCGGUAUCCGAUAUCGAACAGCUCAGUAUAUGUACACGGCUAGCUUGGCUCGGCUUGGAUAUUCCCCGUGACCACCACCCCGAUAACGACCAUCCCACUUCUAGUAGUAGCUGGCCUGGGUAUCUAGACGCUAUCGCGAGACUGCGGCCGCUGCAACACCUCCGAACAUUCAUCCACAACGGCUACGGCGUUAAAGACGUACUUAAUAAACACGGAGUGAUAAGAAUGUUCCAGUACAUCCAGUCCCGCAAGCAUGGUUGCGCCCUUCAGAGCUUGGUCAUCUGCGAGGAUCACGGCGCACGGCGGGGACUAUGGGUCGUAUGGGCCUGGAGCGAGGAGAAGGUCGUGAUAGACUAUAGGUGGCCUGCCGUCCUUCGCGGGGGAGAUAUUUGGGACUCUAAAGUGGCUCGGUCUAUUGAAAUAUGGGAUACGGGAACUAUGGAAAAGGUACAAGAUUGUGCAACUCGAUGGAAGUACUGGAAGGGGUGGUGGCUUGACGAGACUGAGGAUUUGUUCUGGGGUAUAUCUGAGGGGUGGUAACUACCUGACAUAUCCUGCCUUGAUAGUAUCCUAGGAA